AUGACUCUUCACGGAAGCUGCAUGUGUGGUGCUAUCGCAUUUACCUCUGACUACUAUACAGCUGAGCCUGUUCUGACGGCUCUCUGUCACUGUGUUGAUUGCCAAAAGUGGACUGGUAGUGCAUUUACCUCCAACGUUGUGGUACCAAGAGACACCUUCAAAGUUACUAAAGGAACCCCUAAAUAUUUUGAUAUUGCAGGUGCAAGUGGCAAAAACAACAGACAUUUUUUCUGUGGAACCUGCGGAUCAAGUCUUUAUGGGGAAUUGGAUGUCAUGGGCGACAAAACUGUCAUCAAGGCCGGUACUCUAGAUAACGGAGAGGCGAGCUUGCGCAAUAAGGUCGAUAUCGAGUUCUUCGCUACAAAGCGUGUUGCCUACCUGACUGCGGUUGAUGGUGCCAAGCAGGAGCCUCAGUUUGGCUGA